AUGAACGGGAAUCGAGCACCCGUAGCCAAUCGAUUCCAAAAGGGAUCUCUACAAGAAGAAACGCCAUUCAUGAAAACGAAGAUGGCACGAGUGGAGGAGCUGACCGAAAGCCUCUUCCUUCCAACCUUGAUCAGUGAUGCCAAGGAACAACUUGUGAAACUAAGAAAAGUUCGAAUUGUACAAGAUUGCGAGGUGGAGGAUGCAUAUCAAAGGUUUCGAGAUUCUUAUCACGCCUCUAUGAACAAUAUGGAGAAGAUUGUAAAGAUUUGUAAUGAUCACCAUGACCGGAUCUAUGUUCACGUAUUCACGGAAGCGGAGAAGGUGCCGUAUGAAGUGGACCUUGAUAUCCCUCAGGCCGAGGGAAGCUUUGGUAUCGUCUACAAAGCAGUGAAUACAACAAACAACACUGCCUUCGCUGUAAAGAUGUUUAAAAAGGUAUACUCCUCAAAGCAGCGGAGUGAGAUAUUGAAGGAGUUGGGACUACUGGCUAGGUGCAACCAUCCAAACCUGCUCACCUUAAUGGAUGCCUACCAAGUACACGACAACCCACAUACCUAUUAUCUGGUUACUCAACCCUGGGCGCCAUAUACGCUGGAUAUGUUUAUCCAUGAGACGGACAAUCAGAGACGAAAAUCGUGUCCAUGGUUCGCAUCAAUAAUGAAAGAAACAAAGAUACUGAUGGUGUUGAAAGGGCUAGCGGAUGGUCUUGAUUACCUCCAUGGACAUUCGAUUAAGCAUAAGGAUAUAAAGCCUGAUAACAUCCUGCUUUAUCAUGAUAGUACUAAAGGGAUCCGGCCGAUAAUUGCAGAUCUUGGUGAGAGCAAAGUCUUUAGGCAAGGUGGAACCACGAACUAUUCCAAGAGCACGUAUCGUUAUCUUGCGCCCGAACAAGUCAACCACACAGACAGUAGUCUUAAGGCGGAUGUCUGGCAGAUGGGCUGUUGCUUUGCGUUCUUGUUGGUAAUCCUUAGUGAAGGAUCCCGAGGGUCAUGGGACUUAUGGGGAAGCUUUGAAAACGAUGAUCCAAACUGCUCCUGCAGAAUCUCGACGGAAUCCGAACACUUUAUGAAGACACUACGGCGACUUUGCUCGAAAAGCACAUACUCCCAGGAGUAUGUCCUGUGGAUAAUCACUGGGAUGCUAGAGUUACUACCAACGGCACGAAUGGAUAUUCAAGCCGUAAGAGAGGAGUUGUCGCAACUUAUCUGA